AGGCUUUAACUGUGAGAGCACAAUGAAUCGUUUUCUGGGAAUUACGUUUCUCUUCGUUUUAGUUGUUUGCACUUCGCAGGAUAAUGGAACUAUUGGAAGGACGAAAGAAGGAGUCACCGAGGCAUCGCAGGGCAACACCGUGACUACCUCCGGGCCAAUUAAUAACUCGAGUAUUUGUCAAACCUGCGAUUGCAAAGCCGAUGCAAUCAACUGCACAGCUCGCGGAUUAGAUAACAAUUUGGCGGAUGCCGUGUGGCCAGCGUCAGUCUUGAAAUCCGUCAGCCUCGAGGGCAACAGCAUAGUUCACCUCAACAAGUUUCCAAACGUCACGAUCGAAAAAUUGAUCCUGAGUAAGAAUAAAAUCACUAAGAUCGAUGACGCGGUCUUCAUUGCCAUAAAAAAUCUCACCGAGCUCGAUCUGAGUCACAAUCACCUCACGUCCAGUAUUCUGAGGCCGAAGAUAUUCCAGGGACACUUUUCACUGAAUGAGUGGGAACCCCUGGAGAAACUCCGGAUAUUGAAUCUGGGACACAAUAAUUUUCACACGCUUAAUCAAGAUCUUUUUGAACACAUUACGGAUCUCAAAGUUUUGAGCCUCAGUGGCAAUCCAUUGUCUAUGAUUGAUCAUAGCACUCUUGAUGCUAUCGGGGAUCUCAUUAAUCUUGAGGAAUUGGACUUGAGCUAUUGCGAUCUCCAGGAACUUCCGGACACUGUCUUCCAUGUGCCCAAAGAUACCCUGAAACUUUUGUACUUGAACGGCAAUCGCUUCACCGUGGUGCCUCGUGCCCUGCAAGACGCAACGGCACUCGAAUACUUGAAUAUGAAUGAGAAUCCGAUAAAAAUAUUAGGGGAGUUGAAUUCAUUCCCACAUCUUCCACAUUUGAAGGAUCUGAGACUUCGUUCGAUGCCGGAGCUGACAGCGGUGAGAGCCGGUGCAUUCUCAACACUCGAGUCACUCGAGUAUCUUUACUUGGACGAUUGUCGAAAGCUCAGCACCAUCAACGAGGAUGCUUUAGUUAAACAUACCAAUCACGUGGCGAUAUGGCCGCCUCUCAAAGGCCUCGAUAUUUCCGAUAAUGCCCUGGAGUAUAUUCCCGCAACUCUCCUGGGCCGAUGGGAUAAAUUAGAACAAUUAGAUCUCAGUAACAAUCAGUGGGGCUGCAACUGCGAUAAUCAGUUUCUCGUGGGUAAUCUCUUACCAAAACUGGGAAGGACUCUCCUCGGAGAGAAAGUCAAAAAGUUGUACUGCGCCUCACCCCCGGAGCACGCGGGUAAGACACUGAUGUCUCUGUCGAAUAGGAAACUUCGGUGUCCAGAUUUGUAUGGCGCACGUCCUGAGCGCGACGCGGCCCUCCUCGUGGGGCUAAUGAUUGGAUUACUCAUGGCCAUUCCUAUCGCAAUGACAUUCUUCCUUCUCUGGCGGCGUGGCUACUUCUUCUGCAGCGAGCAACAUCCCGCGAGUUUCUCCAGAGCGUUUUACAAACGUGCAUCGAAUGACGAUGAUUUUUAGGGAUACAUACAUUCAUUUGUCUUUACGCAAUUGACAUUUACAUCCAAUCAUCCAAAUCAUGAGAACAAAGGAUCGAGCAGGAUCAAUUUUCAUGGAACAAACAGGACAUUUUGUGCUUUUAAUUUUUUUAUUUAAAAUAAUAUGAAUAAUCAAGAAUUUCGUUGUUUUCUUCUGAAGAAAAUUGAGAAAUUUUUGUAACAAAUGUAUUGUUUAAAUGUAUUGUUUUUUAUCUACGAUUUUUAAAAUGAAAAAGCACUGAGAAAACAAAAGAUUUCAAAAAAUUACAAUAUGAUAUUCUGAAUGAAAAAAAAAAAAAAACAACAACAACAACAGCAAAAUGCUAUUCUCAAAGAAGAAAUAUAAAACUGAAAUGUAAACAUAUUCUUACACGAAUUAAUUAAAGUAUUUUUAAUAAUAAAAUAAAGAAAUUCUUGA